UCAGCACUCAUCCGUCUCCCAAACCCAAAGCACCAUCGCCCACCGGCAACGCGCGCGACUAGGGCAGCCAUGGCACGCCCCGCCCUGCCCAUGCUCCUCCUGCUCCUGGCCGUCGCCGCCGCCGCGGCAGCGACCGUCGCCCACGCGAGCGCCGAGGACGCCGGCGAGGGCGAGGUCGGCCUGGGGAGGCGGCUGCUGCAGGUCGCGGGCGACGGCACCGACGCCAACGGCACGGCGGGGUACAUCAGCUACGGCGCGCUGUACGCCGACAGGGUGCCGUGCACCUUCCAAGGCGCGUCCUACUACAACUGCCGCCCCGGCGCGGAGGCCAACCCCUACGAGCGCGGCUGCUCCGCCAUCACCAUGUGCCGCGACUGAUCGCUCGACGACCGGACCGAUCCGGUCGGUGGCGUUUCUGCUGCUUCUUGCUGUUGGUGUUUCCCUGAGCCACGGGGUUUGAGUUCCCGUUGACAUGAAUUAUUUUUCAUUCAUUUUGCUGUUGUUGUGCUACGAUGUACGUGUACCACUAUACUAUAACAUGUCAGAGAUGAUUAAUGGUUAGCUGAGCGA